AUGCCGUUCCUUAAGAAGAUUACUGGUGGUAAUAAUACUCAUUCCCGCUCAACAUCAUCAUCAUCUUUGAAGACAUGGUCACAGGAAUCACCGAGUUCAAUAUCGAAUAAGCACACUAGUUGGCUUCCGCCAGUAUCAGGUAAGAAAAGAGGCCCUGGUGACCACAGACCACUGAAUUCGAGUAAUAGAAGUUCCUACGGACAUUUUGACGGCGGAUCCAUAUUCGGUAGAUCAUCUGCAGAAUAUGAUGAUCAACUUGGUGGUGGAUCAGAAGAAUCUGAAGAUACUUCACCAUACCUUUGGGCAGCUGGUGCAAGCACAGCUCCAUGGAGUGAAGAAGAUGUUUCAGAUGCAAGAAAAGUAUCAGAUGGUAGUACAAAUAGUUUAUCAUUUGAUAAACUGAUUCUUUCCUGGGAUCCAACAGACCCUGAAGAAUGGACCCCGCAAAGAGUUACUUCAUGGCUAAAAUUUCACGAUUUCCCAGAAUCUUGGGUCAAUCUAUUUAGAAAAUAUCAAUUAUCAGGCCAAAGGUUCAUCAGGUUAUUAGCAUAUGACAAUUUUGUCAUUUAUGAAAAGUACUUACCUCAAACUAAAAAUGCAUCCUUUAGUAAGUUCCAAUAUCUGUUGAAAAGAACUAUGAAGAAGAAUGUGAUCAACAAUCACAUUAGACAAAAGAGUGCGGAUAAGGCUAAAGAUACUAGAUCAUCAAGUGAAUUUUUGAAAUCCAAAUAUAAAACAAAUAAAUCCCAAGAAGAUAUUGGCAGCUUAAGAUCUGCAUCUGAAUCUGCUCUUUCACCAACUAAAUCAGGUCCAUCCCCCAAGAUUACGGAGGAUACCGGUAAAAAUAUCAAUCAAGAUAAACAUGAGAAAAAUGGUGGUAGUAGUAGCACAUGUAUUACUUCACCAUCCAAGGCUCAUCAAAAGACAAAAAGUACUGGUGCAUUAUACAGAAGAAGCUUCAUAUCGAUGAGAGGCGGUUCUUCUGGAGAAAGCGGCUCAUCCUCAUCAACAAUCAAACCACCUUCCAGCAUACGACUAAACAUCCCAACUGCAGCUCAUUCUGCUACUGAAUCUAAGACCGAUUCUGCUAAAUCAAUUUCACCAAUUUCUCCAUCCUACCCGGGGAUUUUUAAACGUCAUCAAAAGAGUAGUUCUUCCGAAUCCUCACUACUUAACACACUAUUUGGAUCUGCAUAUGGCAAUGCAACUGCGGAAGAUCAUCCUGACAAGGGCACACAUUUACAAGGCCGUAAUUUGUCAAAUGAAAGUCUACCCAAAUCUAAAAUACAUUUGCAUGAGACUAAUUCAUCAUCACCUCUAAAACAAUCACCGGUAGUCUCAGAGGAAAAGAAUACUCUGUGGUCUAAAUGGAAGAGAAAAAGUCAAAUCGGUGCUACGGGAAUUAAUUCUCCCCAGAAUUCAGUACAUCACUCUGCUAAACACUCUUCAACAGAUUCACCUAUUUCCACCAGACCAGAUAAUAACUCUACGGCUCAUACUUCGAUAAUUACGUCAGAACAACCUAAAACAUCGUUAUUAAAUGUUACCAACAGGGAAGAAGAGCAGCAGCAGCAGCAGCAGCAGCAGCAUAGAUAUAAAGAUAAUGAAAAGAGGAAUGAUAUUUUCAGCCCUUCGAGUUAUUUGCUCGAUAAGAAAUAUUACCCAUUAAGGAGUAAAGAAGGUAUGGACGACACUUAUAUUUUAAUCACUAGGGACAACAGAUCAUUUAUGCCUCUUAAUUUAUCAAUGAUAUCCAAUUUGGAAGAUUUUAAAGAUUCUGUCACUCUACUAUUAGGAAUUGAUCAUAAGGACAUAACUAUCCAUAUGACCGACUUUGGUUGUGAAAUUGGAUCUUCAUUACCCGAUGACAUGUUAGAGACUUUAAGAUCAAGUCUUUUUCUUAAUACCGCGGGUAAACUUUUCAUUAAAGAUCAAUCAAGGAAACCUGAAAAAGGUUUAACGCCAGCUGUACCCCAUGGGUUGGAACGUCCAGCUUCCGUGAAACCUAAAAGCUCUUUCAAAUCAGUAGGAAGUAACAUUACAACCUCGACAGAUGACAUUUCUAUUGUCACUUCUUCUUCAGAUAUUUCAGUGCAUGACGGUCAGAACUUGGAGUCAACGAGAAGAUACCCUCAGACACCAAAUGCAUACUAUGAAGUGGGAUUUGUUAGUGGGGCACCAAAUGGGAGUCAUGAUACCAAGAGUUCUAACAGCGAGGAAAUAAAUUAUUUCAAUCUUAAGAAUCGUCCAGCUAAUCCUCCGCCAAAGACAAAAAAUCAAAUCCCUAGCUCAUCAUCAUUUUCCAACAAAGUCCCCAAUUUAUCGGAGAAGGAGAGAAAAGGUACAUUCCACAUCCUGCGUAAAGAUUUUGGUAAUGAAAUUGAUUUCAACAAGCGAAGAGAAUCGCCGUAUGUCCAACCAGAAUUAGCUCCAAAGCGAGAAGCCCCCAAACCACCAACAGGAGGAUCUCCUCAAAGGUCACUUUCAGUCUCCAGUCAGGUUUCUGGUUCACAUUUGAGGAAGGAUAACUCUAAAGUGCCACAUGGCAAAAAGGCUAGACCACCACCAUCACCAGCAUCAAGUUCAUUGGAAGAAACAAGCCCCUCAGACAGUCUCGUUAAUUCCUAUACUCCAGGUUCUAGUCACGUAUUGGUACCACAACCUUACAAAGGAGCAAAUGAAUCGCCAAGAAGAAUAAGAUCUGAAGACGACCAACCUGCAACUUCCGUGUCUUCUUCAUUUAUAGCUAGGCAAAGAAUGGCACGCUCUGAUUCAAUCGCGUCAACUGCUAGCUCAUCCCAUUAUAGUGCCUCACCGUUACUCAAGCGUGGCAGCUCCAAGAGAAUUGUAUCUUCAGCUUCUGCCGCUGAUGUCUUUGAAGAAAAUGAUGUCACUUUUGCUGGCGCUCCUGAAUUAUCUGAUUCGGAUGCCAGUAGUGAUGAGAGCAGUUCUUCUGACACAAUUAUCUGGUCAAACGGUAAGCAACAGAACUCAGAUAAUUCUCAAAAGACAGCAGUGAAUAGUCAAAACUCUUUGGUUAAAAGCACAAGGUCUGGUUCUUCAGAAGCUAUAGAUAGCCUACCAAACAAUGGAUUGGAAAGAAAAAUGACACUGAGACCUUCUCCCGAAGUCGUUUAUCAAAACUUGGAGAAAUUCUUCCCCAGAGCUAAUUUAGAUAAACCAGUUCUUGAAGGUGUAACACCUCCAGCCUCACCUAGAAGUGAUGAUAAUUAUUAUCCCUCUACCAACUUUGCGGAGUUCAAGCCUAAAGUUUCCCAUAAUAAAAUAGAGAGUCAAAGUCUCCAGGUUGCCCCAAGUUCCAAUGUUGAGCCACCUCAAAAGCCAAAGGCUUCCAAGUUUCCCAAAAGGGCCAGAACCAUUAGAACUAUUGCUCAUGAGGCCAGUGAAAAGAGAAAACAGUCUAUGAAGCUGAAAAGACAGAACACUAAAAUGUGGGGUACCAGAACGGUUGAAGUUACUGAUAAACGACUGGUUUCAAUUAACAAAUCCAAGAAUUCUAAGGGCGAAUACAAAGAAUUUGCAUGGAUCAAGGGUGAAAUGAUUGGUAAAGGAUCAUUUGGUGCAGUGUUUCUGUGUUUAAACGUAACGACCGGUGAAAUGAUGGCGGUAAAACAGGUUGAAGUUCCCAGAUACGGCUCUCAGAACGAAGCUAUUAUAUCUACCGUAGAGGCUCUUAGAGCUGAAGUUUCUACACUUAAGGAUCUGGACCAUUUGAACAUCGUACAAUAUCUGGGUUUCGAAGUCAAGGAUAGCAUUUACAGCCUGUUCCUCGAAUAUGUUGCUGGUGGUUCUGUGGGUUCGUUGAUUAGAAUGUACGGAAAAUUUGAUGAAAAGUUAAUUAAACAUCUGACAAUCCAGGUCCUAAGAGGUUUAUCUUACUUGCAUUCGCGUGGUAUCUUACACAGGGACAUGAAAGCUGAUAAUUUGCUUCUGGACCAAGAUGGUGUUUGCAAAAUUAGUGAUUUUGGUAUUUCUAGAAAGUCUAAGGAUAUUUAUUCUAAUUCAGAAAUGACUAUGAGAGGUACAGUCUUUUGGAUGGCUCCUGAGAUGGUUGAUACUAAGCAAGGUUACAGCGCUAAAGUCGAUAUUUGGUCCCUUGGCUGUGUUGUUUUAGAAAUGUUCGCCGGCAAAAGGCCAUGGUCCAACCUUGAAGUGGUUGCAGCCAUGUUUAAGAUUGGUAAGUCAAAAUCUGCUCCUCCCAUUCCAGAUGACACGCUUCCACUGAUCUCCCAAAGUGGCAGAGACUUUUUAGAUCAGUGCUUCAAGAUUGAUCCUGAAGAGAGACCCACAGCUGAUAAGCUUCUUUCUCAUCAAUUUUUGAAAGUUAGCUCGAAGUAUGAUUUUAAAUCAACUAAAUUAGCAGAAUUUAUCAAAUCCAAUGACAAGUUGAACUCUACCAAGUUGCGCGUUGGAUCGCACGAUAAGGUCCAAUUAAAAGGUUGA